UCUCAAGUCAAUAAACAUAUCCUUGGGUGAGGAUUUAAAUAAAUAAAUAAAUAAAAGCAUUAACCAAUGGGACACAACCUUAUGUGACAUGAACAGUAAGAUGUAACUCUGUUAUGUGACCUAUGUAUUUAUGGUUCAAGGCAGGACAUUCACAGCUAUUGUGUUGACUGUUGUCAUUUUUUUUUUUGGACAGAUUGAGAGGUCAAUGCCCCUGACUAAAUAGUUGAGUAUUGCAAAGGGGAUGGAAAUCACCGUCUGUAGCAUUGGUGGUGGGUACAGUGAAUCACACUUCUGGGUAUUCAUGUCCUUGUGAAGACCCUUUCCUUUCACUCUGGACUGGGUUUGUAGCUUUCUUUAACAAAUAGAAUGCAACAGAAUUAAACUGUUCCAGGUCUGGGUGUAAGCCCUAGGAAGGCCAAGUAGCUUUUGCUUUUGUGUUUUUUGGAGACCUGAAUAAUCAUGUCAGAAAUCUGGCUACCUUCCCAGAGAGACCAUUUGGAAAAAAGGUCACAUGGAUACAGAGAGGCCCUGAGAUUAUGUGGAAAGAGAAGCCUAGUUAUCCUAGUAUUCUAGCUGAGCCCACUUCCCACCUGUCAGUUGAAAGCUAUCAUGGGUGACCAUCAGCAGGCUGAGCAGAACGGCCUAGCUAAGCCCAGCUCAGACUACAGAAUUAUGAAUGAAGAAAAUGAUUCUUUUCUUGAGCCAGAGGUUUUGGGACAGUUUGUUAAACAACAACAAAAUGGAGCAUGACAUGUUCUUGAAAAUAAAAGCUUUGCUAAAGGAUAUUUACUUUUCUUGUCCUGUUCUGACAAUUUUGGUCUUUCCAUGGCUUACAAAUAUCAGGCAAUGUUGAAGAGAGAUAAUAGUAAUAAACUACUCUUUUCCUUUACAGAAAUUCACCUUAUUCUACCACAAACUACAUGGGGUUGGCUGAUACUUGGUUGAAUCUGAGUCCCAGCACAGUUGAAGAAUAAAGCAUAGUUGCAUCAGUAAUGAUGGCUCACUCAACUGGGAGCAUCUCUCUGGAGACCAUCAUGCAGACAUCAGAGACUGGGUCUGACACAGGUUCGACAGUGACUUUACAGACAUCUGUGGCUAGUCAAGCAGCAGUGCCUACACAGGUGGUACAGCAAGUACCAGUACAACAACAGGUACAGCAGGUACAGACUGUGCAGCAGGUACAACAUGUCUAUCCAGCUCAGGUGCAGUAUGUGGAAGGAAGCGACACUGUCUAUACCAACGGAGCAAUCCGAACAACAACAUAUCCUUACACAGAAACACAGAUGUACAGCCAAAACACUGGAGGGAAUUACUUUGAUACUCAAGGGAGUUCGGCACAGGUGACGACUGUGGUCUCAUCCCAUAGUAUGGUGGGCACUGGAGGGAUUCAGAUGGGCGUCACGGGAGGACAACUCAUCAGCAGCUCUGGAGGAACCUAUCUGAUUGGCAAUUCAAUGGAGAAUUCUGGUCACUCAGUGACACACACCACUCGGGCCUCCCCAGCGACAAUUGAAAUGGCGAUUGAGACGCUGCAAAAGUCUGACGGUCUGUCCACUCACAGGAGCUCUCUUCUCAACAGCCAUCUCCAGUGGCUGUUGGACAAUUACGAGACAGCAGAAGGAGUGAGCCUUCCCAGAAGCACUCUCUACAACCACUACCUACGACACUGUCAGGAACACAAACUGGACCCAGUCAAUGCUGCUUCUUUUGGAAAACUAAUAAGGUCAAUUUUUAUGGGGCUACGAACCAGGAGAUUGGGAACUAGAGGAAACUCCAAGUACCAUUACUAUGGGAUUCGUGUCAAGCCAGAUUCCCCUCUUAAUCGUCUGCAAGAAGACAUGCAGUAUAUGGCUAUGAGACAACAGCCCAUGCAGCAGAAACAAAGGUACAAGCCUAUGCAGAAAGUGGAUGGGGUUGCAGAUGGUUUCACAGGAAGUGGUCAACAGACAGGCACAUCUGUUGAGCAAACUGUAAUUGCCCAAAGUCAACAUCAUCAGCAGUUUUUAGAUGCAUCUCGAGCACUUCCAGAGUUUGGAGAAGUUGAAAUCUCUUCUCUGCCAGAUGGUACUACCUUUGAGGAUAUCAAGUCACUACAGAGUCUUUAUCGAGAGCACUGUGAGGCAAUAUUGGACGUUGUCGUGAAUCUUCAGUUUAGCCUGAUAGAAAAACUGUGGCAAACAUUCUGGCGCUAUUCUCCCUCUACUCCAGCUGACGGCACUACCAUUACUGAAUCAAGCAAUCUGAGUGAAAUAGAAAGUCGACUUCCGAAAGCAAAGCUGAUAACUCUGUGCAAACAUGAGUCUAUCCUGAAAUGGAUGUGUAACUGUGACCAUGGGAUGUACCAGGCUCUGGUGGAGAUUCUCAUCCCCGACGUCCUUAGACCUAUUCCUAGUGCCUUGACCCAAGCCAUUCGAAAUUUUGCAAAAAGCCUUGAAGGUUGGCUUUCCAAUGCCAUGAACAAUAUUCCACAGAGAAUGAUACAAACCAAGGUUGCCGCUGUAAGUGCCUUUGCCCAGACUCUGCGAAGAUACACGUCGCUCAAUCACCUGGCCCAGGCAGCUCGUGCAGUGCUUCAGAACACUUCUCAGAUCAACCAGAUGCUCAACGACCUCAACCGUGUUGACUUUGCCAAUGUCCAGGAGCAGGCUUCCUGGGUGUGCCAGUGUGAUGACAACAUGGUUCAGAGACUAGAAACAGACUUCAAGAUGACUCUCCAGCAGCAGAGCACCCUGGAGCAAUGGGCUGCGUGGCUUGACAAUGUGAUGAUGCAAGCCCUGAAGCCCUAUGAAGGAAGACCUAGUUUUCCUAAAGCUGCCAGGCAAUUUCUGCUAAAAUGGUCUUUCUACAGCUCAAUGGUUAUUCGGGACUUAACCUUACGCAGUGCUGCUAGCUUUGGCUCCUUCCACCUGAUUCGUCUACUCUACGAUGAGUAUAUGUUCUACUUAGUAGAACAUCGUGUUGCUCAGGCAACAGGAGAAACACCCAUAGCAGUCAUGGGCGAGACAUACCUUGUAGAUGAAAAAAAUACUCCUAUCAUGGAACUCUUUAUAAGCAAACUUCUGAAUUUUGGUGAUUUAAAUGCUGUGUCUCCUGGAAAUCUGGAUAAAGAUGAAGGCAGUGAAGUGGAAAGUGAAAUGGAUGAAGAACUGGAUGACUCUUCAGAACCUCAAGCCAAAAGAGAGAAAACCGAGCUGAACCAAGCAUUUCCAGUGGGCUGUCUGCAGCCUGUUCUUGAGAGCAGCGUGCAACCGAGCCUCCUGAAUCCGAUGCACAGCGAGCACAUCGUCACAAGUACUCAGACUAUCCGACAGUGCAGCGCUACAGGAAACACCUACACUGCAGUCUAAGGAAUAUUAAAGUGUGUUUUUCCAGCUAACUUUAACCCUGUUGAUAUUGGGCUUAAGUUGAAAAUUUAAUAAGCCUGAAGGUCAACUGUUGUCGAAUUCUAUCUGUGCUGAACAUUACCUUUCUGGAGUUGUGAAAUGGAAUGGGUGUAUGUAUUUUGCCAGGUCUUUUUUUUUUUUAAUGUAAACAAAUGAUUUGCCUCUUAAUAAUAAGAGUGGUUUUCUUUUCUUAGUUUCAGGUGUCAAGAAGGAUUUUUACAACACUUAAUAUUUUUGUUUUCUUAUAAUUAAAAAUAAUUUACAUUUUUGUAGUUUAAAAUAUUUUAUUGUUGAUUGUUAGUCUUGGUGUAUUUCAUGUGUAAGUUUUUAAUUAGAUGCACUUCUGUGAAAUAUCAAAAGAAAUGAAUUUCUUUGAUUUACACUGGAGGCAUGCCCAUUUGGCAGCAGAUGCAUCAAAUUUGCUUUUGAAAGGUGCUUUUCAUUGGACAGAACUACAAGACACUAUUUUGAUAACAUUUUGGAGUAUGGAGAAAGAAUACAGAGCAUUUUUAUUAUAGUGCUAGAGGGUUGGGAAGGUCAUCUAUUUUUUCUCUGAAGAAAAAUUGAGCUGUGCAUUUAUCAGUUCAGAGUAAAUGACAGAAAUGCAAGACAUUAUGCUAAUAUGUACAUAAUUUGUGUACAUAAUUAUUAAAUCAUGUUAAUGCAAGCUUCCGUUAAACACUGAAUUUUAACUGCUAUUUGCAUACCAAUUCCUCUGUUUAAUGACUACUGAUUCUGUAUUUGGGACCACUGCACAGAUGCACUCUGCUGUUGAGUGGGGCUGUUAUAGUUAGAUACUGAAGCUGAAAAAAAUGACUUGACUUUUUUUUUUAAGUGUACAUGCUACUUAUGCUGAGCUGGACGUACAGGAAACCAUUCCAUUUGGAUGACUUUCUUUUAUUCCAGGUCUUUUUCCUAAUAGUAGUUCAAUAUGCUGCUAUUAUAAAAGAAAAUUUAUAGAAUGCAAGGAAUGUAGCAACCUGCAUAUUGUUAUUUCCUUCAAAAAUAUUUCCUGGUUUCUAAAGUAUGUGGAUUUAAAUUUUAAACAGAACCUGAAGGCAGUGUAACUGGCACACCGUACUGUUGCUUAUCCCCAAUUCUGUAGGACUUGGGUAGGUGGCCGGAUGGACCAGUGCCAUCGAAGAAUGUACAUCAGGGAUCAUCGUACCUCGGCUAUAACAUGGUGCCUUAAAACAGAACUGAAGCUAAGGCUUAGUAAGGCUUAUUUUGGUCAUGUCACUUCCUCUUCAAUCAAUCCACUUGACAAGUUGUGCCUGUCAUUUUCAGAUUUUCAAAGUAAGGACAGGUCACAUGUUCUUCAAAGGAAAUGGAGGGCAAUUAAAGCAAAACAGACAAAAAAAUCAAUUUCCCUCUUUGAGUGACCGUGAACCUAUGUUUUGUUCUUAGAGCCGAAUAUUACUUGAUUAUAUAAUCAGAUUGCUUAAGAAUGUGGAAUAGCAGGCUAGUUUUAAUUACCAGCUUGUUACAUAAAAUUAUAUAUAUGUUAGAUCAUUUUCUAGUUAUGAUUUAAGACAGUUAAAAUAAGUAGGUACUUAUCGAAGUGCAUCUUUUCAGUCUAAAUGUCUGUCUGUGUGUCGUGGUGUCUGUUCCCAUGCGCACACGGGUGCCUGUGGGCAGGAGUCGGCCGCAGAGUCAGAAGGUGCAAUCCUGGAGUGGAUACACCGCUCCCUGUUUUAAUUUACGUGAGAAGCCAAGGUUCUUUUAAGCACUCAAAUUAUUAACAACAACAACAACAAAAAAAGCAGGCACAUCCAUUCAUUUAAAUAGUUCUAAAAAAGCUAAUCAAGAAGAAUAAAUACAUAAAGCCAAAAAAAAAGGGAAAGCACAAAAUGAUUCACAGAUUAUUUAAUGGGGCCUAUAUUAAACUCAAGACGUUUAUCUUUCCUGUUUUAUUGGGGUGGAGGGUGGGGUGGAAAGAAGAGGGUGAGCCAAUCUGUAAAGUUAAAAAUACCAAAUGGCUUAUUGGGUGAUGUGCAGGGUGUUUCAGCUGCCGUUGCUCGAUCGCCUUAGACCUACUCAGAUAACCAAGAUCAACACGCUUCUUAGGUAAACUUUAAAUGUUUUAGAUGUAAUUUUUUUAAUUGAUUCAAAUUUUGUAUUAUACAACUCAUAUAUUUGAAAGCCUUUACUAGCUCAUCACCUUUAUCUAAAUAUUUUUUAAAUGAUCAUCCCCUUUUUUCUCCCAAAAAGGUAUUGAUUUGUACCAUCACACGCACAAAAAAAGGCAAGCAAGACACCUUAAGCUGCAAAGACUGUGUACCUACUUUAUUGUGCAUUAGGAAACAUUUACAGGUAAAUUUAAAUCAAAAAAAUGAAAGAAACACUCUUCAUCUGACUCUCCUUUCUGAAUUUUUUCACCUUACCCUGUCCACCACCCCAAGAACUAUACUAUAUCUGUAUUGGACCAAAUGUAUUUACAAUAUCAUCUUGUUUAUUGAACAGUUUUAAAUGUAUUUAUGAUCAUUGUUUCCUUUAAUUUAAUGUUGGAUAUAUUUGUUUUGUUAGAGGAAUCUAAUAAUAAUGGGAAUAUUAGAUUAAUUAAAGUUAGGGAUUGGGGAUCCUCUAGGAUUCAACAUUUCUUUCAAUUGUUCAUGGUUUGGUCUAAAUUUGGACAGAUUGGGAAUUAAUAAAUAUUAUUAUAUUUCAACUUGACUCACUAAAAAUAUUCUGAAACAUUAAUCUUUGUUAUUAGUGUAGACAGUUCGGACAGUAGACAAAUAAUUUCUGUGAUCUGUGCUACUUCCUUUUAUUUCAUGUUCACAAUGACAUGCACACAUAUACAAUCACAAAGAUCUUAACAAUUUUUGAGAAAAUUGCUAGAAAAUACAAACAUAAUUUACACAUUUGAGCAGAUUGGAGCAACUGCAAUUAACUGCAUUUAUCAGACAUUUUAGUUCCAUUUUUUCACUCAUUGAAACUGUGACUUUUCUGAGUAACAUUAGACACUAAUACUCUCAGCAGGUUUAUUGACAAGUGACAAGGACACAUGUUAAGAACUCCUUAAUGUUUCUUGGCAUUGUCAUCAAACACUAGUCACAAAACAUAUCUAAAUAGACCAAGUGAUGCACUUUCAGUGAGGAAAACUGUAAGGAAAGUGUGUUGGCUGUUUUUAAGUUACAGAAAAGGUUUUUUCACGUAAUAGGAUUAUCAUGAAUAGUGUGAUCUUCACAUAUGCUUUGAAAAUCAUACCCAAAAGAUUUGCAUUCAUAAAGCCAGUGAACAAGAGGGUGAAAUGGGACAACCAUUGCCUUGGAACACAGGAUCCAAUUUAAACAAUUUUUUUUGGAUAUUAAGUAGCUGGUCACUUUUUCAGGAUUUUCUUCCAAACUAUGUUUGGACUGACUGUAUAAGUCUUACUGCCUUUUCAGAAAUCUGCUUUCCUUUUUGUGCUUUUUCUUGUACUGUAUAGCACGGUUCAUGCACCUCUCUUUAGAUGGUGUACUUUAAAAACAAAAGUAAAAUUUAGAAAACGGUUUUAACACUACAUAACUAAAAUUAAUAGUGUGCAACACUGACUGCCUUGGAUUUGUAGUAGACAAGUGAACAUGAACACGUUCUUGUAGAAUGCUGUCGAAGUCAUUCAGGAAUGAAUACAGUUUCAUUACUGUAAUCGUGAACCUUUUUACAUGGCUGCACUGUCUAGAAGUGCUAAAUGUGAUGCAUUUUCAAAUUUUAAAAAUUCUUCAGAUGAUAUAUUUGAGAUGUCUAAAAUAAUGCUGUGCUUGAAACACUAGUGUAAAAGAAAAAAAAAUGUGUGUCACUGUGAUGUUGGUCCUCCCCGUGUGGACACAAGUAGAAAGUAAAAACACUUUGGCAAGUCACCUUUGGGUAUUUGAGGCAGAGGCAGUGGUUAUAUACAGCAAAUUGACCUUCGCUGUAGCCUCCCCUCCCCCUCGUUCUUGGUGAGGCAACGGCAGCCGUCAGAAAAUCAAACCAGCCCUCUGGAUUGGUGUGAAUCACACAGGAACCCCGGGGGAGAGGUGGUCAUGCAGUGCUAUUGAAAACUGGGCUUGUCACUAGAUCAGAUCCAACCUCCAUGUAUAUGGUUAGAAAAAUCAAUUAAUGGAAUCCUAGUAUUUCUGCAAGUUUGAUGAUUUUUUUAAAAAACUGGAAUAGAAGCAUUAAUUCAGUGCUUAGUUCUAGUGUUAGAAAACCCCUUUGAUGUAAUGCCUUGUAUUAACCCUUUGAGCAUUGUAAGAUAGACAGCGGGGGACAAAAGCCUUUCGGAUCCUUUAUUUAGACUUAGACUGGUAAAAUAUACUCUAUAUCCAAAUGUCUAAUUAUGCUGUUUUUUUAAAGGGGGGAUAGGAAGAGAAAGUGUUUUCACGCUGAACACUUGCAUUUUAUAUACAACUCUUAAUUUUCUCCAAGAGGGCUUGAUAUAUUUAUUCCCAAAUAUUCACUGCCAUCUAAGUAAGUGUACUGUUUACAGAAACAAAAUCGACUUUUCUAGCAUCACAGCACGACUCUAGAAAAGGAGGACAGUACAUGGGCCUGUGGACCCAUGUCACAGCCGGUCUCUGCACAUCGAAAGUACCUAGAUUGCCUUUACAAGGUAUGAGAAAGGAAGGGUUACUUUUUUUUCCAAAACAAAACAAAACAAAACAAAAGAUCUCAUUUAUUUAGCUUUAGAAAGUACAGUUGUUAAGUAAGUCUUAGGAAGAAAUGAGUUCAAGUGGCUAAAGAAAAGCUGAACUCUUUGGGGGCAGGUAAUCUAUCUGGAAUUAGAUCUCUCAUAGCAUAUUGUUUGGGAAUUUCAUACAGGGCAUAAUUUUAUUUAUGCUCCAAAAGUUUAAUACUUUGUCAAAAAAUUAUAUAUAGAUAGAAUGGAGAGCAAAGCACUUGAUCUUAAGCUCACCUGUCAGGAGAUGCUCUAACUACUGCUUCUGGUGUCUGUAAAUGCCAGUCUGCUCACACAGUUGCCGACUCUGUGCAAGGGGCGCUCUGCGUGCACUGGACUCCUGUGUCCCUGCUAGACGGAGCACGGGAGCAGCGCCGUCUGCAUGCGUGCUCGCGCUGCCCUGGCCGGGUGCACCCGAGAGCGCGAACUACUCCGAUGUCUGGCGAAAGGACAUCCGUAGCCUAGUGCAAGUCUGCCAUAAACAUGGCUUUUAGGCAGCUGAGGAGGUCAAACCAUGCAAAUCACUCGUGUGUUAACAUGCAAUACUCAAAGGGUUUUGAUUUAACUCUUCUUUUGAAUUCUUCAUGAUGAUUUACUGUAAAUGCUUCUCAGUUUGCAUGCUCUGAUCAUUGCUGCUAGUGAUUUUACGUGCCAGUAGACCUGAGUUUAGUUUACCAAUUUUACUUAAAUAGUAAAAGCCACUUACAAAGUGACUGCCUAGGAUUUUUUCCUUUUGUUUGAAGUAAUUGGUAAUAUGUUAUUUUUAAAAAUGUGUUUUGUCUCUUUUAUUGGUUCUGGUAUUUGAUUCUUUCUUUCCCUCUUUCCUUUGUUCUUUAAAUAAAUUACGAUGUUGGGAUUGGAAGCCCUGAGUAAUGAAAUCUUUGGUAAGAAUUGUGUAUGUAGCUCAAUAAUGAUGACAAAUCAUUGUUAGAGGAAUUUUGAUUCUGGGGAGGAAAAAGAAAAUAAAAAGUCGCAUUGACUGUUGCUGACCAAGUAAAUUGUUCCUUCCACGAAUUAAUGGUUUUGAACAAAUGAUUGCCUUGUUUAAACCUGCUAACCACAAUUUUAAAUAACCCAAUAAAGGAGGUAUUGAAUUUUAUUCGUUUAAAAAGCAUCUUUUGUACCAAAGCAAAUUUUUUUCUCUACUCAUCUCCAUCAUCAAUUGGGACCUAUGGUGGUGGCCAAUGUGUUGGUUACAGAAACUUUAAGUGAGUGCCUUGAGAAAACUUGGAAAUUUGUGCCUGGGAUGGUAAACUUUUAAUUAGGUUAAUUGUAGUGCUUACCAAUCAGUAAUUCUACUAUCACUCAGGGCUUUCGUACCUUCUAGGUAAAACUUCUUUCGUUGUGUUUUUUUUUUAAAUACUGUAUUUUUUUUAAGUGCCAUCAUUUAAAUUUCACUUAGUAAGUGGCAGAUGUCAUUAUUCAGUCCCACAAGCACAGAAACAUAGUAACACUAGGAGAUGUUUGAACAUUUAUUUCACAGUCGACUGAAUAUAUUAUGUAAAUGAGGUAAGCAACUUUUGUAGAGAGUGUGUGUGUGAGAUAAUGUAAUGUUCUUUUCCAGUUUUUGGACUACAGUUGAAUAAACUUUUUAAUUAUUUAAAAACAUCUUUACCGAAUAACAUGUGAUGGUUUUUUUGUAUAAUGUAUUUGAUUUUGUAAAUACGUAUUUCCUGAUGUGAUUUUUGUGAGAAAUGCUAAAUCUUUUAGUAUAUCAUGUCCUCUCAAAAUUGGCAGGAGCUGAAUAAUAGUUUGUGGGCGAUUUGUAUUGUGUACUGUACAAUAACUGGGGAACUUUUAUAAUUAUAAAAAUAUAUAUUAACUUUUAGUGUGUUGUUUAAACAAAUGACUGGAACAUACUAAAGAUAUUAGUAGGAUUUUUCUGAAUAUUUCAGACUUGAACUCAGGCUAGCUUUCUUGUGUUUUUCAAAACAAAAUGGUGUCUUGUCUUUUAAAAUCAAUAAAUUUGUUUCCUUGUUACAAA